CUCACUAGCUUCUGUGGUGGAGUGGUGAAACAAAAUACAAACUACAGGAUAACACAAUGGCUCAAAUCGACGCAGAGUUUGGUGUGAAGGGCAGCAGCUUCAUCAGGGAAUGGAGUGGACAGGUCCAGCCUGCUCUGGUCGCCUCCUUUGUUUUCCUCUUCUGUCUGGAAGCCUGUCUGUGGGUCAGGAACCUCAGGCUCAAGAGAAGACUACCGGGACCCUUCGCCUGGCCCGUGGUCGGCAACGCCAUGCAGCUGGGCCAGAUGCCUCACAUCACCUUUGCCAAGCUAGCCAAAAAAUACGGCAAUGUGUAUCAGAUACGGCUGGGCUGCAGCAACGUUGUGGUUCUGAAUGGAGACAGGGCGAUACGUGAGGCUCUCAUACAGCACAGCACAGAGUUUGCAGGCAGACCAAACUUUGCCUCUUUUCAGGCUGUCUCAGGGGGGAAAAGUAUGACUUUCACUAAUUACAGCAAACAGUGGAAGAUGCACAGGAAAAUUGCUCAAUCAACGAUCAGAGCAUUCUCAUCUGCCAACAGCCAGACCAAAAAAGCCUUUGAGCAGCAAAUUGUGGCUGAAGCCACAGAGCUAGUUGAGAUUUUCCUCAAACUCAGUGCUCAGGGCCAGUAUUUCAACCCCGCUCAUGAGCUGACAGUAGCUGCAGCGAAUGUGAUCUGUGCCUUGUGCUUUGGAAAACGUUAUGGACAUGAUGAUGUUGAGUUUAAAGCAUUGUUACAGAAGUUAGAUAAGUUUGGAGAGACAGUAGGGGCUGGCAGCUUGGUGGAUGUAAUGCCAUGGCUUCAGUCUUUCCCUAAUCCAGUCCGCAGCAUGUUCAAGAACUUCAAAGACCUGAAUCAAGAGUUCUUUGGGUUUGUCCAUAACAAGGUGGAGGAGCACAGAGAGACAUUUGAUCCAGAGGUAACGAGGGAUAUGAGUGAUGCCAUUAUUGGCGUGAUUGACAAGGCUGACAGUGACAAUGGCCUCACCAAAGGCCACACAGAGAGCACGGUGUCAGAUCUGAUUGGUGCAGGCCAGGAUACCGUCUCCACCGCUAUUCAUUGGAUUCUCCUUCUGCUGGCUAAACACCCUGAGAUACAAACCAAACUCCAUGAGCUCCUUGACAAAGUGGUGGGGAGAAAAAGGCUGCCAUCUGUUGAGGACAGAAUCAGCCUGGCCUACCUGGAUGCAUUCAUCUACGAAACCAUGCGCUUCACUAGCUUUGUCCCCAUCACCAUCCCCCACUCCACAACCUCAGACGUCACCAUCGAAGGUCUCCACAUCCCCAAAGACACGGUGGUCUUCAUCAAUCAGUGGUCCGUCAAUCACGACCCCUUGAAGUGGAAGGAUCCACAUAUCUUUGACCCCUUGCGCUUCCUGGAUGAAAAGGGCUCCCUAGACAAGGAUCUCACAAACAAUGUUAUGAUCUUUUCUGCAGGGAAGAGAAGAUGUAUUGGGGACCAGAUUGCCAAAGUCGAAAUAUUUUUGUUCUUUGCAAUUCUACUCCAUCAAUGUAGCUUUGAGAAAAGUUCUCAUGAGGACCUGUCUUUAAACUGCUCCUAUGGUUUAACACUAAAGCCUUUAAAUUACAAGAUUACUGCCAAACUCAGGGGAGAAUUACUUAAAGGCUAAUAAAAGUGUUGUAAAACUGGUUAUCCAAUAAAGAACAGCAAUGCAAUAUAAGGUAUGUGUUCUAAAAUAAAUAUCUAUGCCUUGUAUCAAAGUUGUUUUUUUUUUGUAAUAAGCUUUAACUAACCCAAAAUAUGCAAUAUGCAAAUGAUAAGCUUUCUUACUUCUACUGACAUUUAAAAUUGUGACUGACAAGCAAUAUAACCAUUCACUUUGUUACAAGUUGCCAGUUAAUGUAUUAUUAGUAAAACUUUGAAAAACUGUGACUAACUGAGAAAAUCUAAAUAUAUAUGCAUCUGUCACAGAAGAAAAUGUAAUGAAAGCUUUUGAUUUGUUUGCCCAAAACCACAAUUCAUAAUAAACCUUAAGUAUGUAUUGUUAUUUAUAUGAGGGUAAUCAGCGGAAUCACCCUAAAUAGCAAUAUAAACUGGUGGUGAUGAAUGAUUUUCACUUUAAGCAUUUUGUGUUUCUCGCUGAUGGGGAGAAAUCACAUGCCAGCUGUGUGGUCUCAACAGAGCAGUAAUUUACCCAGACUCAUUUAUCUUCCCAUGUAUUGACCUUUUUCAUGUUUGAGCUUAUUACAAAUACAGUGUGCAAGUCAUUUACAGUCACGUGCUUUUAAAUCAUGCAUAAUACUGUUGUAUUCUGAUAAUAACUCACAUGUAUUAUAUGUUGAAAGCCUUACAGAACAUGCUUAUAAACUAUUACGGCACACUGAAUAACAAGCUGUGUAGAAUAUCUAAAUAAUGUUUUGCAUAAUGAACAUGGCCCAGUGUCAUACACUCUGUACUCUACAAUGUACAAUAAACAAUUUGUAUGGAUUUCUAACUGAACCUGUGGGGUGUAUCAGUCAGAGCAGCCAAAGUGUUGAGAACCGCAGAGGCCAGAGAGGUCAAAGAAGUAAUAAUAGAUCAUGAUGUCUCAGUGUUGUUGUGAAAGAUUAAUAUGGGUUACAGUCAGGCCCUGCAUGCUCUUGUUCUCCACUCCUUACAAGCAGGCUGCGACUCAGUACAUCAGUACAGGCAACAGUAGGCAGCCACAAGGUUCACUCGUCAAUAUUUUACACGGAGCGCGGUGUACUUUUGACUGCUGUGUCUUUUUUCUUCUUCUGAACAAGCACAUUCAGUUUCAGCCAAGUCAGUGUUAUCUUCCAUUUAUCAAUACACAGAGCAGUUCUUCUUUUAACAUCAUGUUAAAUAAAACGUGUGAAAUAGUAAAGACUGGAGUUAUGAAAAAUUACAAGGUUGGCAUUAGGGAACAGGAAACACAGUGAGUUCACUAAAUCACCUUAAGAAACACUGUUACAGAGGGGGGUCACAUUAGGUUGUAUGCCAGUAAGUAAUAUUUGUCAGCCGUGUCUGCAGAGGAGUACUUUCACUUUUGUUACAUUACGUGCAUUUUGCUGAUGAUACUUCUGUACUUAGGGGAUAUUUUAAAUAAAUAAUAAAGAAAUGA